CAAACAGUCAUCUUAUCCCAAAGCCAAAAGUACUUAUCAAGGUUAAUAUGUUGUUCGAAACCGACUGAGGAAAUUUUGUUCGCGCAGAGGAUUUCCCUCAGAUUAAAACCCUUUUCUUUGUUUGACAACAGAGAAGAAGAUUGACAAUUUGUAUGACAACGAAAGAGUGGAGGUAUAAUGAGCAUGAGUAUGGCGUUGGCUGCAUAUCAAACUCCAACUCAGGGUUUUUGUGCAAUACAUACUUCUCAAUGUGCAGUUAGGGGGGGAACAGAAAAGGUGGUCGCAUAUUUCCCUAUCGGAAACAUGAGCAGAUGUACUGCAUUCAACAAUCAUCUGUGCCUGAGCUUUGUUUGCCGUAUGGCUGCUGGACCUGUUCACAGAGGGAAAAAUCAAUGUUGUAGGGUUUUAGCAUUUCGAGACGUUACUAAAAAAGAUGAUUCUAGUGGAGCGGAAGAUCCAGAAUCGGAUACUCCUCAAAUAUCGUUAUCCUCUGAUUGGAGAGGAAUGAAAGAGAUCAAACAAAGCUCUUUUCGGACAUUAUCCAGAUUUCCAGGUUGGUUCAGUAAACUGCAAGAGCAGAAAUUUAUUUUACGAGCUAAUGAAAUUUUACAAAAGCCAAUAGCCAGAUUGAAAUUGCUAGAUGGAGAUCAGAUUGUGAAGGAACUACGAGAGGACAAAUUUGGCCAUCACAUUCUGAAGUUAUGGCAGAAUUCUGAAGUAUGGAUCAAGUGGCCGCUGGUGAUAUUUCUUCCAUGGUGUUUUGCUGUUACAAUCCUAUAUGGAAUUAAGGCUUCAAGUGAGCUGCUACCUUUAUGGCUUAUAGGGCCUUUCUUGAUGGCUGCCCUUAUCAAGUCAUCUCUGUUUUUUUAUCAUCUCUGUGUCCAAAUGACAACCAAUAUUGUGACUAUUGGAAGGGAAGCACCUGCAAAAUGCAUGGAGGCAAUGCACAAUCGUUUACUAGCUGUGCAGUUGUACAGGCAAGCUUUAGAGGCCAGAAGGGAUGAACUUAUAGUCCUCAUGAGAAGUGGGAAAUACAAAGAAAUCUUGAGAGAAAAGCUCAAAGAAUAUCGAGUACGGAAAACAGAUGAAUUGUAUGAUGUUAUUGACUAUUGGUGGCCCAAGUGGCGUCAAUUUGAGCGAUUCUUGAAGAAGAUAUUCUGAUUCAAAUGUUUAGCAUAUGUUUGAAUGAAAUGGGGGACGUGUUGCAUGGUUUUUUGGUGCAGUGAAUUUUCUCUUUCACGACCACACAUAGUUUUAGGUGCACGAUUGUCAACUUAUUGGCGAGGCUUGAAUUCUGAGACAGGACAGCUGUGGCCAGCCUUCAGCUAUGCAUGGAAAUAGUGUUAUGCAGGAGGCAAUGGAAUCUGAUGGAGUUCAAAAAAAUGCGAGCUCAUAGAGAAAACAUGCAACAUGUCAGAGGGAAUAUUUUUAACAAUUUUGCAGCACUGCCCAACGUUUUUUUGUAUUAAUCAAUACCAACAAAUUGGUCUCUAAUUAGCUGAAUGAGGGCUAUUAUUGUGUGCUGCUAUUUGACUAUGCUCUCAUUUUUAUUUAUGUGCUAUUUUCUUCCAAAGGAAAUUUUAUAUGCAAUUUGUUUUAUGUGGAGGUUAUAUUAUAUCAAUAGUAAUUGCCUAA